AAUCGGGUCGCUCAGAGCGGGAAUUUAAAGGUCUGUAGUAGCGGCUGAGCAGCAUAGUUCCUCUGGAGGAAGACGGUUUUUCCAUCAUCUUUCAUUGAGCGCUUACCGAGCUUGCUGUUUUUAAGAUGUCUGCUGCCAACGAGAACAGCGCCCGUCUGACCCAGUUCAAAAACAAAGGAAAAGACGCCACCGAGCUCAGGCGCCGGAGGAUUGAGGUCAAUGUCGAGCUUCGUAAGGCAAAGAAGGAUGAACAGAUUCUGAAGAGGAGAAAUGUGGCUGUUCUCCCGGAUGAAGCCACUUCGCCCCUUCAAGAGAAAAGUCAGAACUGCCAGGCCCAGCACUGGACAGUGGAAGAGAUUGUUAAUGGAGUCAACAGUACCGGUCUUGAAGCUCAGAUGCAGGCCACCCAAGCCGCAAGGAAACUGCUGUCAAGAGAGAGACAUCCUCCAAUUGAUCGAAUAAUCAGUGCUGGCUUGAUCCCCAAGUUUGUGGGCUUUCUGAGCAUGGUGGAUUCUCCCCCUAUUCAGUUUGAAGCAGCCUGGGCCCUGACUAAUAUUGCAUCUGGAACAUCUGACCAGACUGCAGCGGUGGUGGAAGGAGGGGCUAUCCCAGCUUUCAUCAGUCUAAUCACGUCCCCUCACCCUCAUAUUAGUGAACAAGCUGUCUGGGCUCUGGGCAAUAUUGCUGGUGAUGGCUCUGCUUACAGAGAUAAGGUCAUCAAGCAUGGUGUGGUUGCUCCCCUUCUGAGUCUGCUUGCCGUCCCUGAUCUUUCUGUGUUUGCAUCUGGCUACUUGAGAAACAUCACCUGGACUUUGUCUAACCUGUGUCGUAACAAGAACCCAGCACCUCCUCUGGAUGCAGUGCGUCAGAUCCUACCAACCAUUGUCCGCCUCCUGCAUCACAGUGAUAAGGAGGUGCUAGCAGACACCUGCUGGGCAGUCUCGUAUCUGACGGAUGGCCCAAAUGACAGGAUUGAGGUGGUGGUCCAGACAGGCGUGGUUCCUCGCCUGGUACAGCUGCUUGGCUCUGGAGAGCUGUCUAUUGUGACCCCAUCGCUUCGCUCCAUUGGCAACAUUGUGACCGGCACAGAUGAGCAGACCCAGGUAGUGCUGGAUGCAGGCGCUCUCCCCAUGUUCCCCCAGCUAUUACGGCACCACAAGAACAACAUCCAGAAGGAGGCUGCCUGGACAAUGUCCAACAUCACUGCAGGCAAGGAUGCGCAGAUCCAGGAGGUUAUCAACGCUGGCCUGGUGCCCUAUCUGGUGGAAGUUCUCAAACGGGGUGACUACAAGACUCAGAAGGAGGCAGUGUGGGCAGUAACCAAUUACACUAGUGGAGGCACCGUGGAGCAAGUUGUCUAUCUUGUUCAGGCCAAUGUGCUGGAGCCACUACUUAAUUUACUGUCUGUCAAAGACAGCAAGACAAUUCUUGUCAUUCUGGAUGCAAUCAGUAAUAUCUUUUUGGCUGCUGAGAAGAUUGGCGAGAUCGAUAAGCUGUGUCUGAUGGUUGAAGAAUGUGGUGGCUUGGAUAAAAUCGAAGCCCUGCAGACCCAUGAGAAUGAAAUGGUGUACAAGGCCUCCCUCAACCUCAUCGAGAAAUACUUCUCUGCCGAGGAAGAAGAGGAUGAAUGUGUGGCCCCUGAAGCUACAAUCGAUGGCUAUGCGUUCCAGAUCAAUGAAAACCAAGGCACUUUCAACUUUUAAACCCCACUCUACACCCCCCAACCCCUGCUGCUGUUCUGUAUGUUCUGUUUUGUCCAGUAUUUAUGUGAUGGACCCCUGUUCUACAUUGUACAUAUGGAACUGUCUGAAUUUUAUUACUCUGUAAAUAAAGCGAUUAAUGAA